AUGUCACGGUUGCAAGAAACGAGGUGCGCCUGCGACUGUGAAAGAAAGUUGAUGACGCACACUAACGCACAAAUGAUAGUGUGGCGCAGCAGCAGGGUGGCGGCGUCCAAGUAUGGCGGUGGAGGGCUCUCACUGGGCUCCGGCGUCGCGGUGAGACGCGGCAUGAAGUGCGCCGGCGUGGCGGGCGCCAGCGGCGACGAGCUGUUGCUCGGCAGCUGCUGGCUGGACCCCAAGCUCGAUAACUCUUCCCCCCCGCCCACCUGCCACGAACUUCUCGAUUCUCUCCUGGCCCCUACACCCCUUGCAGAACUGAAGCCUCUCCCUCCCUUUACUGGCUACACCGGCCACUUAUCUAUCAACGGCAUCUCUGGACACCACUACCACGCUAUCGCGCAACGUCUUCCAGAAGAAAACAACAAUUAUCCGACGCAGAGCGGCUAUGGCGCCGACCAUGAUGUCGUAUCCUCGUCUACCUGCGCAGCUGACGCAGAGCCCCCUGACUUAGAGGACGUCAAGCCAUUCCUCGAUGCGCCAGACACCAAGCCCUUCGCUGACACCUCCGCUGCGGAUUCCUGCGCCGCCUCGUGCUCCCCACCCGCUAAGCUUUUUGAGGAUGGGCACAAGCAGGACAUGUACGAUAUCAGCUCAAUUGAAGAUAUCGCAGCGAUCAUUGGCUCAGCUAUCGCCGACACGACUGUACCUUCGCAACCAGAGGACCCUGAGAGAAAUGAUUCCAGGGACAGUUGGAUGGACAUCGAUGCUUGGAUCUCUGGCGCGUGCACACAACCUGGUGACAAAAUAGUGCAACAAGAUCUUGCUGAGUUUGGUUUGCCUAAUUCACCACCUUCUGGUCAAAACCAUCAUUCCAGUCUUGAUUACCCUUGCAAAAAUCAGGAAUUUUCAAAAAGUACUGAGUUUCUUCAGAAGAAUUUAGGACAAGCUGGAUCGACAUUGCAGUCUUUGUUGACACAUGGCUACAUGCCACUGCUACAAAAUCGGCUGCAAAAUGGCCCCCCGGUGAAACAGGAGGCGCCGAGCUCCACAAGUUACGGAAUGGACGUGAUAUCAACAUCAUCUCCGCCCGGCAAUGCUGUCUCUACGACUGAUGGUGUUGGUGGGUUACUAAACGGCCGAUACGCACCACAUUAUGCGCUCGGUCUCAAACCAGACGGCCUUUGCAGUCCAGAAAGACUUUUAGGCUACCCGCAUGCUCACACUACUACUUCUACGCCAGCAAGUAAAAGCAAGAGGAGUCGAGCUAAGGCGAAACAGGCGAAUAGUGGCAACAUGCACGGGAGCUCACUCGCUUGGUCCCCUAAAGCGUCCAGACAUGACCUAUCAACGUUCAUGAACCAUAACCUUGACCAGGCGACCUUAAACGUGGUGUCCGGAAGCUGCACGGUGGGACGGGGCCCAAUGCGGCCCGGCUGCGGCCCGGCCCGUGAAAGUGUGCCGGUGACCCCGAUACCAAGCACUGCAUCCGCGACGCAGCUGAACUAUGACGGGGCCUUACUCCGCCCGUGGUGGGGUGCUCAGGGAAAUGUGAUGGUAGGUGGAUCGCUGUCCAGAGCAGCCCCUUCAGUGGGGACCCAGGUGAGAGGUACCCAGGAGCUGAAGGUGGAACCGGUGCAGCAGCUGGGAGUCAGGCGUGGUGCAGUCAACUCGAGAGCAGCAGCAGCCGGAGGAAGGCGCAAGGGAGGUGCGGGGCGACACUGGUGUGUUGCUUACAAGCAGCGGGCGUUGUGUGCGGCGCCGGCAGGGGGCGCCACUUGUGUGGUGCACUAA